ACUCGAUCCCAGACCCUGGGAUCAUGACCUGAGCCGAAGGCAGAGACUUAACCAACUGAGCCACCCAGGUGCCCCACAUUUAAUGACUUUAAACAAGGGUCAUUUUAUUUUUUUUGAAGUCUUAUGGCCCAGCACUUGGGACUAGGUUUACUUGAUCAGUUCCUGUGCUAGUGUUGCCUGGUUCACAAUAGAGGCCAUAAUCAUAUGGUGCCAUGACUAAGGUUGGUUGGUUGAAGAGGACUUCAUUUACUUUUUUGGUGGUUGGUGCUGGCUGUUCGCUGAGCCAUUUGUCCCUAUCAGGCUAACCCCAGGCCUCUUCACAAGAUGUUAGUGGAAAAGUACUCUUCAUCCUGUGUCUGGGUUGUAUGUGCUGAAUUCCUUUUGAUGAAAGCAGGUCGAGUGCCAAAGCCCACGUCAGUUUUGGAGGAAAUGAAUACAGGGAAGCAAGUCAUUGAGAACCAUUACUGGAACAGUGCACCACAACAAAAUCUAUCUUUCCAGAGUCCUCUGAGUUUCCAAGAACCGUGGGAGAUGAAUACAUCUCUGGAGUUGGUGUCAUUUGAGGAUGUGGCUGUGAACUUCUCCUGGGAGGAGUGGCAGGACCUGGACGAUGCUCAGCGUACCCUGUACAGGGUGGUGAUGCUGGAGACGUACAGUAGCCUGGUGUCACUGGGGCACUGCAUUACCAAACCUGAGGUGAUUGUCAAGUUGGAGCAAGGAGCAGAGCCGUGGACUGUAGAGGAAGCCCCAGCCCAGAGCCUCCCAGAUGUCCAGACUGCAGAUGAAGUGAUUGAGACCCACCAGGAGCAUCAGAGCAGACAUGUGUGGCAAGUUGGAUUUGCCAAUGACAAAAUGUCAACUAAGGAGAGAACCAACUUGGGAAAACCAUUUAAUUUGAGUGCAAUCUACCUUUCAAACCUGAUUAUAAAUAAUGGAAACUGUUCAGGAAUGAAGCUAGAGGAGUUUAAUGUGUGUCAGAACAUGUUUCUCCCUGGUGUGCCUGAUGAGAUGCAUGUUGGAGAGAAGCCUGAGGACCAUAAUACAACUGGGAAACCCUCAGGAACCCACCGUUGGUUGCCUGACUUCGUGAUGAUGGGGUUAUAUUUCUCCUUUUCCAGCUGACACAAUCUUUGGGUUUCCAAGGAAAGAGCUGGAGGGAGAUUGCAAGGCCGAGCAGCAAGGAUUUUCUUUCUUCAUCUUUGGCAGAUAUCCCUGUGGUUGUGAGCAGGGUUGGGGAAGAUUCCAGUCUUUUUUCUCUGGUCCUGUUUUGCUAUCCAGAACUUUAACAUGGUGACUCAUAUUUGAAUGUACCUGAAAUGCUUCACUUUACCGCUAAGCAUAAAAGAAGUUACCUUCUAUUCCUAGAUUUAUUUUUUUUUACGCAAAUAGGUGUUGGAUUUUGCCAAAGGCUUUAUUCACCUGUUGGAGUAAUCAUGUGUCCUGUUUCUUUAUUGUGAACCAGCUGAAGCUACAAAAGUAUAUCUAAUCAUGGGCUUAGCUGAACUGCUUCCAUUGUCAUGCAGGGGAAUAUACCACUUUCCAGGAGAUACGAGUUAUUUUGAUGAGAUGUUACCAGUUCAUUUAUGUCACAGGUCUGAUUAACCCCAUCUCAGUUAGAAAACUGGGAGGUUGAUGCCUAGUGUGUCUAAUUUUCCAGGUCAUUAUUUUUCCGUUCUUCCAUAGAGACAGUGCUCUCCAGACUGGGGGCCUGUUUGGACCUCUCUCCACCCCACCAUGUUACUGUCCUACCCGGAUGUGGGAGCCUUUCAAGAGAAGGAAUCUCUUUCUUCUUCAGUCACUGUAUUUGGCUUAGGAUCACAGACUCUGACUACCCUUGCUGCCCUUAACUGGGUGAGUGCAUUUA